AGGCCAUAAGAGGGAGGGAACGACACGUAAUCACGUUGUUUACUUAGUGUCUAAUGAUCAGAUGUAACGGAGGCCACGCGGGAGUGCCUUGUAAUCGAAUUAUUUACUAAGCAUCUAAGGUUAUAAUUAGCAAACUUAGCUGUUGGGAACGCCUUCACAUCUACCUACAAGAUUUUACUGUAUAACAGCGAGCCAUCUCCAAGCGUCUUUCUACGAGGAAAGGUGAAAACACGCAUCCGUGUACCAUCCCACGCGGCGCGGCUCACGGCGGGCGAAGGGUCGGGCUGGGCGAGCUCCAGGAAACUCAGUCCUGGGCGGGUUGGCAAGCAGGCGGCCGCGUCCUGGUCGUCUCCACCCAUCGCUCAGCCUGCCAGCAACAAGUGCGCGUUUGUAAUAUUAAAUCUGCGGUGCGAACGCUCUUGUUUAGCUCACUCUGGCUGUCUUAUUAAACUUAUGAUGAAGAAAACAUCUCUUGCUCUGUUCUGCAACAACUCACGGAGAGGCAGCUACUCAGCAUAAGUGAUGAGUUCCGCCUUUGUAAUAUUUCGUGAAGCAAGACUGUUGUUGUGACCGCAUUCAACUCAGGGACCAUCGACUGACAUACUCUCCGCACAUAUUCCCGUCUGCUGUGUGUGAAUGGGCUUGAUGUGAUGGCGGGGUCAGGCGUCGCACUCCCCAUCCCCACCACCAUCUUUGGUCCAUCUCGCCAAACGCCCUUGUCAGUCUCGCUGACAGUCCUCCCCGCGGACUCCACUUCCACCUCCAUCACCACUUCUACUACUUCAAGAACAACCACUUCCGCCAACAUCACCACCAACACAAACACCACCACCACCACCACCACCACUACCACCACAAUAUUUCCUGACAAGAGGAAGAGCGCCAUGGCUGCACAGGACACCUUUCAGAAUGAUUACUAUGAAGGUCGGUCAUCUUCAUCACACUCACGCCCGCAACCAUUCCCAGAAGUGAUCGUGUCAGCGGGCGUGCCUUCUUACCACGAUCCACGAGAGACCUACACGUAUCGCGCUCAUUCCCGCAACCUGGAAAACCGUGAGAAUGACCAUAACUUCCAUCGCGUGCCCUCCCCGCCCACCAUCACUGUGGGCUCCGUGACGGUACGUGUGGAAGAGAUCUGCCUAGUGCUUGUAGUGCUGAUGCUGUGGGCAGGCGCCAUCACGCUCUUCAUCAACAGAUGGGGAAAAUUGCGCAUGUUGGAGCCCUACCAGCCAGCCUACACGGCGCCUGUUGUUCCGCCCCGGCCCCCUCCCCCACCCAUGGGUCCCUCCAUCAACAUUCAGAGCACGUCAGACUUGACCAUGACAGAAGGUGGGGCAUUUGGAAGUAGGUAUGACCUGGCAAGUCCUGAACAUUAUGGUCGAGGCUCUCUAGCCAGUGGGUACCUGGGAAUAGAGCGAUCCCCUUCCUGCCUAAGCGUGAAGACACUCAACCCACAGCGGAAGGUAAAGAGCGCUGUCGACCUCGUUUCAUUGGUCAUGCAGGAAAAGAUGUCCUCUAACUUGUCCUUUACGGCCACUAAUGUAUAGACACAUGUGAAUGGUUGCCGGCAGCUCAUGCCAUCACGGAGCUCUCUCUAGUGAAGGAUGCUGCAUCAUAUUACAAUGAUCAAGGAGAGAGAGAGAGAGAGAGAGAGAGAGAGAGAGAGAGAGAGAGUCAAUCUGAAUCCUGUGAAAAGCUAUUACUCAAUGAAUCACUGUAGGACAAAGCUAUUGGCAACAAACAGUGGAAGCAGAUGCAGGAAGUGGUAUUUCAGUGAAGGGUCGAUUUAAAUGCGGAACAAUGAACUGCUAGUUAAGGUACAGAAAUGUACUGAUGGGAGACGAAACAGUCUUACGACACAAUUAAUACCUCUUAUGAUGAGAUGUGAUGCACACAGUUAAGUGAAACAGUCAUUCAGGUUAAGAAUGAGGGAGAAAAUCUUUCUACAACACUAAGUCACGAAAAUUUAAAUAUAUGAUUAAAGUGUAUGAAAAAAAAUAUGAAAGACGAUAUAAUAAUAACAAUAAUAAUAAUAAUAAUAAUAAUAAUAAUCUAAUAAUAAUAAUAAUAAUAAUAAUGAUAAUAAUAAUAACAAUAAUAAUAAUAAUGAUAAUGAUAAUAAUGACAACAACAAUGAUUUCAAAGAAUAUGAAGCUCGUUCUGGAGUUUUAGAUUUUAGGAAAAGUAACACUGAGAACAAGUUUGAAUAUAAAAAAGAUCAUCCACUUGUCUGAAAACGAGGCGUCAUGAUUACACAGGUUAAUUCACUGAUGAUGAGAAAUAACCAAAUGAGAAAAAAAAAUCAUAACAAAAAUUGUAAAUAAGUAAACAUGAACAAUGGGCUUUGGAUGGCAGGAUCAAGGACGAAAAAAAAUCAUAGUUGGUCUGAAAUUAUGAGCUCGUGACUUUUGUUACAUUCAAACACUUAAUUAAUCAGGUACAAACUCCGACUAUACAGAAGGAAACACAUCUCCAGGUGCACUUAAACACUCACAGUCAGGAACUGUCAAUCAUUCAUUUGACUAGCUCUUUCCAUGGAGAUCAUUAGAGAUUGUAGAGCACUCUUGAUAAUUUAUGUUCCUUGUAACACCAAAUGGGUAUCUAUGAAGCGAGAGAAAAAUGCAUCAUUGUUCAUUUGAGUUCAUCGAUCUUUUUAGUGGCAGUGAGUCACAACCAGUAGAAGGAAAUGGGGCCACGGUUUAAGUGGAAUGAUAAAACCCUUCUUUCAAACCAUGUGAGUGUGUUACGCCUUGGCCUAAUGUGUCAUUACACCUUUUUCUUUUCAUCCAUGCAGUGCAGUAGCUUCCUUUCAUCGGUCGUGAAGAAAAGUGUGUGUAAAGUUGACACCAACCACAGCAGCGAAUACAAAAAUUCUGCUCAAUGAGACGAAUCAAGUGUGUGCAAUUAUGUAAGCACAUUAAUCGUUAGGUAAAUAAUACUGUUAGAAGAGUCCAUUCCCUGAGCGUCAUAUUAAUCAAACACAGCUUGUAUUGACUACUGACUUCUUCAGGUAUUCGCUGAGUUCACCGUGUGGGCAAAUCAUGUUCACUACUUAAACUGCGGCACUGCUUGAACUACCUAGUAGAGGCUUCAUUCCUAUCAAUACCUCAAUAUUUUACUUACAACCGACGUAACAUCAUCUAAGGUGCAGGCCAUUCAUUAUGAGAGUAGCACACACACACACACACACACACACACACACACACACACACACACACACACCGGUAGCUCAGUGGUUAGAGCGCUGGCUUCACAAGCCAGAGGACCGGGGUUCGAUUC